GGUGUUCGUGAUUGUACGCAUGCGCCGUGCGCCAGUCGGCUUGACCCCUGACCUGUAGCUGUAGCAGGAAGAUGUCAGUUGAUGGGCUGGCACGACGACAAACAGAUCGAUAAUUAGCACCAUAGCAACGACGGAAGCGCACUACGAACAUGAUCAUGACUUUCUGAGUAUACAAGUACAACUGAGUCCGGCUAUUGAAGAGUGCAAUACCACCGCGCAAAUGGGGCGGUUCAAGUGGUUGUUUCUGCUGUGCCUGUUCUUGGCGCUUGGGUUCCUGUCGCUCACCUAUCUACGCAGGAGCCCGGCUGACGUGGACAGCGCAUCGCACUGGACAUCAAGUAUUUACAGCAACCUGCCCCCGUACGGACUCAGGCGAUUUAAGGGUGUUUUGGACACAGUCGACCGCCAUGACGCCACACGUAUCCCGGAGGAGGCAGAAAGAACUUCGGAGAAUGACUCAAAAGCAAAGACUUCAGCCCCAUCCAAGGAACUGGUCAAAGUCGAUGCCCAGCGCACAACCAAACAGCCUCAGACUGGAAACGUAACAGACAAUGUAAAAUCUGCGCCCCCGACUGAAAACCAAACUGUGUCGGACCUAAACAACACCAAAACGGAUCGGAACGAAUCCCCGAUAGUUGACACGGGAAGCAAACGGACGGAAGCAACGCAGAAACCCACGGAGAGUGGAACUCCACUGCCGCCUACAGUGCCUCCAGCCAAGCGGGACCCCAAAUGGUUUCUGAGUGACGACACCUACACAAAAUCGAAAUGCCCCAGUGCCUUGCGGAAGAACCCAGAGAAAGUCCCAGAAGGACUAAAGUUGAUCCCCGACGUCCCCGUCCUGAUGUGGAACGAACACAUCAACCCUGACGAAUACGCCAGACUCUCGCAGUUUAAAAUGAACUACGGCUGGCAAGGCAUACCUUAUGCAGACAUCAAGAACUGUCUACGUCACUUGAACACAUCUGACCACCGCUACAUGUUCCCUGGCUGGACGCCGGACCAUACCGGCUGUAUCCGGUGUGCUGUUGUCGGCAACGGUGGGAUCCUGAGGGGGUCCGGCAAGGGGAAGGAGAUAGACGGACACGACUUCGUCUGGAGAGUGAACUCCGCCAUUAUUGAGGGAUACGAAGAGGAUGUCGGGAAGAGAACAUCAUUUUACUUCCAUGACAUCAACACCAUGAAGAACUCACAGGCAGCAACACGGAAAUUUGGCUACAAGCACCCGCCACAGGACAAGGAUACGGUGUAUACCACAAUUUCCUCGAGUAUAAGAGACUACGUGUACUUUGACGCCGCCAUCAGUUGGAAGCCAGUGGAGUCAGGCCGAGAUAAAAGCAAGGCGCCCCCGUCUCAGUAUGGUGAGAGGCCUGCGAAUACGAAGUUCCGGAUGCUUCAUCCUGACUUCAUGAGAUAUCUGAAGAACUUUUGGUUGGACUCUCCACGGAGAAAAGGAAGCAACAUCUACCGGCCCACUACCGGCGGCUCCAUGCUACUUACCGCUCUACAUACCUGUGAUGUCACGGACGUCUAUGGCUUCAUCACUGAAGAUCACAGACAGUAUAACGAUCACUACUACGAGAGCGAAUGGCACAAAGUCGUGUUUUACGCCAACCACGAUUUCCAGAUGGAAAUAGAAAUAUGGGAUAAAUUAGACAAGGCAGGACUUAUGAAAUUGUACAGAGGAAACAGAACAGAAACAGCCAGAAAACGUAGAAAAUGAAGUGGUUUUCGGUUACCUCAGAACAAACUUCAGGGGAACAUGUAGUCUGGCAUCCAUUCUAUUCUACCUUCGUUUUGCUCCGCGCUGAUAUUUGAAAGGAAAGCGAUCUGUAGCUAUAGAAUAGGGUUGAUAUCGGACUUGAGGACAUAGAGAUGACAAUAUGCAUUUGAAAUCGUAUCCCAUUCUGCUAAGUUGUAUUUUAUGAUAUUUAAACGGAACAUUCAAACUGUAUAUGUAGGGUAUCUUUUAAUCCUGUACGACGGAGCUGAUAUGUUUGUACAGUAGUUAUAUAUAUUUUAAGACAGUUUCUUUCAAAGAGCCUUUGUAUAUUUGGCAUUGUACAGCACACAUGGUGUAUAUCUGUAUGGGAAUAACAAUUUACUAGUACAUGAGUUGUAUAUUUGUAUGAGGAUACUAGUGUUUAGAGCACACUGAUAUUCAAAUGUUGAUUUUGUCGCAAUGUUUUAAUGCUAACAUCUGCCACAAACAAUAAAUUUCAUGUUGGCUUUCCAA